AUGCAGAGUGUUCAGAUAUUUGGUGACCAGGUUACGGAAGAAAGAGCCGAGAAUGCACGUAUGUCUGCUUUCGUUGGCGCGAUUGCCGUGGGCGACCUCGUGAAGACAACUUUGGGCCCCAAGGGCAUGGAUAAGCUGCUUCAAAGCGCUAGCAGCGACGCCUGCAUGGUGACGAACGAUGGCGCUACGAUCCUGAAAUCCAUCCCACUAGACAACCCAGCUGCAAAGGUUCUUGUGAACAUCAGUAAGGUCCAGGAUGAUGAAGUCGGAGACGGCACUACUAGUGUGACAGUUCUGAGCGCAGAGCUCUUAAGAGAGGCUGAGAAGCUGGUCGAGCAGGGGAGAAUCCAUCCACAAACUAUCAUUGAGGGGUUUAGAAUAGCUUCCGCUGCUGCAUUGGGCGCCCUUGAAAAGACAGCGGUGGACCAUUCUAAAAACAAGGAAAGCUUUUACCAGGAUUUGGUUUCCAUCGCCAAGACAACUCUGUCAUCCAAGAUUCUGUCCCAAGACAAAGACCAUUUUUCUAAGCUCGCUGCGGACUCUAUCAUGAGGCUGGGUGGAUCCACGAAUUUGGAGCACAUUCAAGUCUUGAAGAUCAUCGGUGGUAGACUAUCGGAUUCUUUCUUAGAUGAGGGCUUCAUUCUUCCAAAGAGAUUCGGGAAUAACCAGCCUAAGCGUGUCGAAAACGCAAAGAUAUUAAUUGCCAACACUUCUUUGGACACCGACAAAGUCAAGAUUUUCGGCGCCAAAUUCAAAGUUGACUCAACAUCCAAGCUAGCUCAACUCGAAAAAGCAGAGAAAACUAAAAUGAAGAACAAGAUUGACAAAAUCUCUAAAUUUGGCAUUAACACCUUUAUCAACAGACAGCUAAUCUACGAUUACCCCGAACAGCUCUUCACAGACCUGCACAUCAACUCCAUUGAACAUGCUGACUUCGAAGGCGUUGAAAGACUAGCACUGGUUACAGGCGGUGAGGUCGUAUCUACCUUUGACAGCCCAGAAAAGUGCAAGCUCGGAAGAUGUGAUCUUAUUGAAGAAGUCAUAAUCGGCGAAGACACUUUCACAAAAUUCAGUGGCUGUCAAGCCGGUGAAGCCUGUACCAUCGUUUUGAGAGGUGCCACUGAACAGGUGCUCGACGAAGCUGAAAGAUCUUUGCACGAUGCUCUUUCUGUGUUAUCUCAAACAACCAAAGAAACAAGGACGGUCCUUGGUGGUGGUUGCGCUGAGAUGAUAAUGUCGAAAGCCGUGGACACAGCAGCUCAAAAUGUCAGUGGCAAGAAAUCCCUCGCUGUCGAAGCUUUUGCCCGCGCAUUGAGACAGCUGCCAACAAUUCUCGCCGAUAACGCUGGUUUCGACAGCAGCGAGCUAGUUGCUAAGUUGAGGUCUUCAAUCUAUAAUGGCAUGACCACUUCGGGUCUGAACUUGAACGAUGGAAGUAUCGCCGACAUGAGAGAGCUCGGAAUUGUUGAGAGUUACAAGCUGAAGAGAGCUGUUGUCAGCUCUGCUUCCGAGGCUGCUGAGGUGCUGCUAAGGGUAGAUAACAUUAUUCGCGCCAAGCCAAGGACAGCAAACAGACAGCAUAUGUAA